AUGUUGACUGCCAAAAACAAGCGGAAGGUGGCAGCGGGAAUCAAGUCUACUCUUAUUGACUUGGCUGAAUCGCACUUUCCCCGGAUAGUCGGUAGAAUCUAUACAGAUACAGUCAUUAACUGUUUGACUUACCUCGACUCCGACAGUCCGAUUUUCCAGGAUGGAAGUGAAUUCGAGGACGAGGACGGGAUUCUAGUCAGCCUGCGAUAUAUUGAGAAGAUCUUGUUUGAAAUAGAGAAGAUCGUAGUUUAA